CGCGCCAUCAACUCGCCGACUGAACGUGCAGAGAAAUGCUUCCAAGUGUUAAGUGAGAUAUGCCCGCGGUCUCGUUGCGUGACGCUUACAGUGUCCAAGUUGGAUUUAUUAUGCCCAGUGGUAACCACGGGUCAGGAGGGCCAAUUCUGGCGGGCCAAGACGGACUGCUGUAGCCGCCUUGCAGCCCACUGAAGACGAUAAGGCACGCAGAGAUGUGGAUCGUACAUGAAGGCGGAUACCUCUGACGCAUGGCCUCGUCCAAGACAAGCGGCAAACCGAAGCUAAUUGUUGCAACGACAACAAGUCCAAUGUGCAUGCGUGUUCGCGGCCGUUCUCGCAACACCCACCGAGGAGGGAUGUGUGCAUACUUUCCUAGUGCGGUGCACACAGUCCACCGACAAACGUACCCACCUUUUCUUGAGAUUGCGUUCAAUGGUGUCCUGGCCCUCCGCGCUCUUGCCAACCGUGAGCAAAGGUCGACAUGGUCGCUUGAGGUCGAUGCUGGCGCGACAAGUCGCACUCGAGGACGUAACUUGAUAAUGCAGCGCUCGAGGUGGCCGCUGUCACCAGUGCCAUUCCACAGCUACCUGCAUCGAUUUGGCGAGAUCGCGCAGCGUAUCUCGACGGGACAAGGACUGUUGACCGAAGCUAUCGCAACUUUGAGCCCCACCCGAAUUGGCGUGGCUGGGUUGGCUGGUUUUGAACCAAUGGCAUCGUAGUUGAAGUGGCCUUGUUGCUCUUUGCCAAUCAAAACGUCAUUCGGCGAUGGCGGCGGCGACUGCGGUGUUGACGGCGCACGGCCUCGUCCUCCAUGUCCUAGCGUAUGCUCCUGGCGUGUCGUUCUCGGUGCGGGCAUUCCUGGCGUCGUGCCGAGAUUUGCCACACUUGGGGUUGGCGCCGACCGAAUUGGACAUGGCAUGCCGGUUGGGAUAUUUGCCACUCGUGUUGAAACUAAAAGACCGACCAUGCACGACCAAGGCCAUGGACUGGGCAGCCGCGAAUGGGCACUUGCACGUGGUUCAGUACCUCCAUGGCCAUCGAUCCGAGGGGUGCACAGUCGACGCGAUCGACCGCGCGGCUCAAAAUGGACACCUCGAUGUUGUGAGAUUUCUCACGACGCAACGACACGAAGGGUAUACCGCCAAUGCAAUGGUGUGGGCAGCAGUCCAUGGCCACGUGGACGUGUUGAUGGCGCUGCACGACACAAAUUCUUCGUGCGAAUGGAAUCACGAUUACGCAUUAAACCGUGCCAUCGCAAACGGCCACGAACAUGUAGGCAAUUGGGUACAGUCCGUCUUCGUCCAUCCAAGGCCAUCACAAAACCCCGAAAUGCUGUAGCGUGGCAGGCGCGACGACUAAUGAAUGGAAAUCGACGUGUUGUGAAUUCGCGA